CGAAGUAACUCGGGGAAGAUGCUGUGUCCUAGAAUCGUGGAAAAAGGAAGAAAGGGAAUGGAGGGAAACGAGGUGUGCCAAUUUAAUCGACGACGAUGCAAAUCGCACCCUUCUUCCGUUUAUCGAAGGUAUAUAAUACCGAAAUGACGAGUACCAUGGUGGACUCAUGGGUAUGCUUCAAUGCUUGUUUCGAGUAUCGAUCUAACAACAGUUACAUCAUUCUUCAAAGGUUUCUCAAUCGUAAUGAAUCCUUUAACAUUAAUCUAGAGGAACGACAAGUUAAUGACAAUAACAGUCUAUGUGGGAUAAAAAAAGAAUUAAAAGAAGAGACCCAUUAUUGUCAAAGUAUUUUGACGCCAUUGAGUUUUUGGGGUGCCAACAUAGUUGUAUUCGCAAACGUUAUCUAUAUCUUACCAUAUCUUAUCGUUGUACUGAUUUAUUCGACGGUCUCCGGGCUACGUAAACGCGCUUACGAUGGCGCGGUCCUUUGUUACAAUGUUUCGCAGGUCAUCUUAAACUCUAUCCUCAUCGCCAUCGGAUGGUCCUUACUCUGUCGUGUCACUCUCUACUUCUCGGUGUACACUAUCUCCUGUUUGGCCCUGAUGUUUCUAUCGAUAUCUUCCACCUUCUGGCUCUUCGUCAUUUGCAUCGACAUGACCCUGGUCAUCACCAGACUCCAUUGGACGCCACCAACCGAUCCCAAACAGCAACGAGCUCAAGAAAGACGAAAGUUUCUGAUAUACUCUGUUUGGGUUUGGGGUAUAUCCUUCGUGCCGACGGCUAUUGCUUGUAUCGUCGAAUUAUCGCCUUUAGUACCAAAGAACUCGCCUAUCAAACCAAAUUUUCAUAACUUUUCCAACGGUCCCAAUAUAGCUGUCAUCGUCUACGUCGCAACUAUACCUAUACUUAUUUGUCUGAUGAACAGUAUAUUAUUCAUUUAUACAACUUAUAAGAUAAUCGUCAUUAAAAAGUCUAUUACUAUCGCGAGCAAGACAAAAAAUAAAACCAACGAAUCCUAUUUUAUGUUUCUCAAACUUUACUUUUUAAUGGAUUCACCAUGGAUUACCAGUGCUCUUGGUGCCAUCUAUACCGAACUUUGGGUGUUUAAGUUUCUUAGAAUGAUCCAACCGAUUCUAAUGCUGAUCGUUAUAUUGCCAAAAGAUUCACUUGGGAAUAGUUUUCAUAGGUGUAUUUUCUUUAAAUAUAAAUCUGUUAAUCAUAACAAAGAAAAUGUGGAAAUAAAGUAGUACCGUUUCUCAUUCAACUGUGACAGAUAAUCUUGAACGUGUCUGACGUUUUUUAAUUCAUGAAAAAAAUUAACAAAACUUUAAUGACUUGUGAUAAAUAAUUCUGAUAAAAUUAUAGUUAAAAAUCACUUUUCGCAUGAUCCAUCUCUUCAAUGAUUCGGUAACAAUGUUCUCUACAUUACCGAUCAUUCUUAAAUAAUGUCCAAUGACUUUUUAAAUUAGACAAUAAUUAUCUCAAUAACACGCAACAACAAAUUUUACUUCGAUCGUUUGGUAAAACGAUUAACACGCACGAACGAUGAUUCAUUUUGUUACGAAUCCGCUGUUUACUAAAGAUAACCAAAUGCAAUUAAAUUGAUUGCACGAACGAAUAAUAUCAGUAUAAUUAUUACUCGAACAAUAUGUUACGUUAAUUACAUAAAGACGAAUUAUAAGUUAUUAAUUAAACGAUCCAUUAAAUAUUUCUCAUAAAAGAUUGACGUUUAUUAAUCCAUCGUAUAAUGUCCAUCUCUGAUAUAUGUCUAUGAAGAAAAAUACAAAUAAAUAUUUAUUACGAUUCGUAAAAGAAAAAUAUGUGAAUGUGACUUACGAUUAGAAUUUUUAUUUUCAAAUUUUAACGUGAACGAAUAAAUCCAUCGAAGGAAUAUACAUUAUUACUUCUUAAUAGGGUUUAGGUCAUUUAUCAUGUCCUUUACGAAAGGAAAGCAAAAGGAUCGUCGAAUUGGAACGAGCAUCGUACGAUGAUGAAUGAUCAUUUAAUGCGAUAAAUAAUAUACGAUGAUUAGGAUAAGAGUCAGCAAUUAUAAAGAAUCGUUCCUGAGAAUGAUGGAACGCGUUCCGCAGCGCGUUAACACGGGCGAGUGCAUCGAGACAUGAGGGACAGACUACUAAACGUUCGCGGUCAGUGCGGUCAUUGCAGUUACCGUAAAAGAGAAGCUCAAGCGACUUACUAUUUCAACAACGUCUUAACUUCGAGUCUCACUUUAGUUUCUAGAAGCAUAUUAAACCUCAGGAAAGAAACGACGAAAAAAAGAAAAAGAACAAAAAAAAAAAAAAGAUAGAAAGAAAAGCUUGUACGCCAGGUCUUUUUAUCUUUUCUUUUUUGUAUUUUUCUUUUUCUCAAUGAAGAUCAUUUUCUUUCGCUAAAAAUUAUUUUCUUUUCGUAUGAAAGAAUAUAUAUAUAUAUAUAUACAUAUAUUCCUCUCAUAUUUACUGUAUUACUUUUUGUAUGUAAUUAUAUCGUUAAUAUUAUUUCGUCGAGAAAAUAUAUACUCUCUCUCUCCCUCUCUUUAUCUCUCUACCUCUAUUUCUAUCUCUAUCUCUCUUUCUCU